AUGGCAUCAGAGAACCAAACUAAUGCAUCUUCUCCAGAAGGUGCAGCGAUCAACAUGUAUAAUCCCCGCUACAUAGAUAUUGGUAUCAACCUUGCCGACCCCAUUUUCAGGGGCAACUACCAUGGCACACAAAGGCAUCCAGACGACCUGGACGCAGUCGUGUCUAGAGCACAAGAGGUCGGCUGCAGCAAGCUCAUCAUCACCGGCUCAGACUUCACGAGCUCGCGGCAUGCAUUGGAUAUUGCAAAGGAGUACCCUGGGACAGUAUACACGACAGCUGGAAUCCACCCCUGCAGCAGCGCGAUAUUCAGCACAGCCAAUGCCCACGAGGAUACCGAUGGGCACACCAUGCCUUGCGAUCCAGAUCCCACCCAGCCGAUUCCGGAGGAGCACGAGCCAGACCUGGAGAAAACGUCGCGGAUCAUUGCCGAACUGAAGAAACUCAUCGAGGAUGCCCGGAGCCAGACGCCGAAUGCUCUGAUUGCAUUAGGCGAGUUCGGUCUUGAUUAUGACCGUCUGCACUACUGCUCAAAGAAGAUCCAGCUGCACUCCUUUGCAGCGCAGCUGGACCUGGUGCUGGCGAUCAAGCCUCAGCUGCCCCUGUUUCUCCACUCGCGGGCUGCCCACCGAGACUUUGUCGAUCUGCUCAAGGCCAAGUUUGGCGACAAGCUCGAAAAGCUGGAAAAGGGCGGCGUCGUGCACAGCUUCACGGGCACCAUUGACGAGAUGCGCGAACUGAUGGACCUCGGCCUGUACAUUGGCACCAACGGCUGCAGCUUCAAAACGGCCGACAACUGCGCCGUGGUCAAGGAGAUCCACCUCGACCGGCUCAUGCUGGAGACGGAUGGGCCGUGGUGCGAGGUUCGGCCGAGCCACGAAGGGUGGAAGUACCUCAUUGAUUCCAAGCCGCCGACGCCGGCUCCGACCCCGGACCCCGCUGCUGCUGCUGCUGCCGCCGCCGCCGCUGUGGAGACCUCCUCCGCUCCCGCUGCUGCCCCUGCUGGUGUCAAUGGCGACGCACAACAGCAACAACAGCGUAAGCCCCAAAAGCAAGUGCAAAAGUCCAAGAAACCUCAAAAGAAGGAGCCCGAAGUGCCGGAGCGAUGGAAGACCGUCAAGAAGGAGAAGUGGGUUGAGGGUGCCAUGGUCAAGGGCCGGAACGAGCCGUGUAGUAUCGAGCGAGUUGGUAAGAUUGUUGCCGGCAUCAAAGGCGCCACAGUAGAAGAAGUGUGCGAGGCGGCAUGGCGUAACACGGUCAAGGUGUUCGGUAUAGACGAUUAA